UUUUGGCUAUAUAUACACAGGCGUUCCAGUGCAGACGACGGUUCAGAUUGAAAAGAGCAGUCUUCACACUCAGUUAUAAAAGGUCCACUCUGACGUACGUGACAACUAGCACGGCUGCAUUGCCCAGCGGGUUUCUUGCAUAAUGAUGUCCAGUCUUCGGCUCCUUCGUUUGAUCGCGCUGCUGUCGGUCACCCAGCUGGCCGAAGCAAUCGGACCGGUGGUACGGUGCGAGCCUUGCGAUGUUGCAUCAGUGAGCCAGUGCAAGCCUUUGCCCUUAGAUUGCGCCGAGAAGCUCCGCGAGCCCGGCUGCGGCUGCUGUGUGACUUGCGCGUUGAGUAAGGGGCAGUCCUGUGGAAUUUACACGAGUAGAUGCGGCUCCGGUUUGACCUGCCAGCCCCGGCCGGGGGAGACGAGACCACUCCUAGCCUUGCUGGAGGGACGAGGGAUUUGCUCAGAAAAUCGCAAUGGGAUUUCGGUGCCUGCUCAUGGUGAAGAUAACACCACGGAAGAAGACGGAAGUUCCAAAGGCGCCGACACCAAAGACGGCCGGUGUGGGCUGACGGGUCUCAGGGCCGUUUUGCCCCACCCGAAGGCGGAGGUCAUCAAGAACGCCGAGGACAACAAGUCGCAGCGCUCCAAAGUCAAGCCGCUCGCCGGCGCCGUCGGCGCGGACGGGCAGAACUUCUCCUGUGGGUCCAAGCAGGAGACGGAGAAUGGUCCGUGCAGGAGAGAGAUGGAGAGUGUACUGAACAGCCUUAAGCUCACAGACAUCAUAAACCCGCAGGGACUCCACAUUCCAAACUGCGACAAGAAAGGAUUCUACAAGAAAAAGCAGUGCCGUCCAUCCAAAGGGAGACAGAGGGGGUUCUGCUGGUGCGUGGACAAGUACGGGCAGCCCCUGCCGGGCGUCGAGGGCACAGAGAGGGGCGACGCCCAGUGCUACAACUCCGAGAACCAGUGAGUGGCAGGGGGCGGGGCCACUGUGAGGCGGGGCCCAGGAAGGCCCUGCUGGAUGCGUGCGGAAGCUCAGAGGAAGACCACUGCGCCCCUGCGGAACGUGACCUCACCUGCCCUCCCCCAA